AUGCAAAGGAGUCGGAGUGUAGCAGUACCCUCUACGGGCAUCAGUUACGAACAAACACUACUCAACGUACCAGAAACGCGUGUAACAGCCAUCCAAAAUGGUUUAAGAGUUGCAUCAGAAGAUUAUGGUCUUCCAACGUGUACAGUUGGUGUUUGGAUUGAUGCUGGAAGUAGAUUUGAAACAGACAAAAAUAAUGGUACAGCACAUUUUCUCGAACACAUGGCUUUCAAAGGUACAAAUAAACGGUCUCAAUCACAGUUAGAAUUAGAAGUAGAAAACUUGGGCGCACAUUUGAAUGCAUAUACGUCAAGAGAACAAACAGUUUAUUAUGCAAAAUGUUUUAGUAAAGAUUUACCUCAAAUUGUCGAAUUAUUAUCGGAUAUCAUUCAGAAUAGUAAAUUCGGAGAAGAUGAAAUUGAACGUGAACGUUUAACAAUCUUACGUGAAAUGCAAGAAAUAGAAAAUAAUUUACAAGAAGUUGUUUUUGAUCAUCUUCAUGCAACGGCCUAUCAGGGAACACCGUUAGGAAGAACAAUAUUGGGACCAACUGAGAAUAUAAAAUCGAUUCAAAAGGGCGAUUUAAUGAAAUAUGUUAGUACCCAUUAUAAAGCACCUCGAAUAGUAUUAGCUGCUGCCGGCGGUAUUAAUCAUGAACAACUAGUUAAAUUAGGGGAAGAACACUUUGGAAAAUUGAAAGCCGGUUAUGAUGCAGAAGUACCAGAUCUUUUACCAUGUCGUUUCAGUGGCAGUGAAAUUCGUCAUCGUGACGAUGAUAUACCAUUAGCUCAUAUUGCCAUUUGUACAGAAGGCACUGGGUGGGCUGAUGCUGAUACUAUUCCAUUGAUGGUUGCCAGUACAAUUGUGGGAAGUUGGGACAGGUAGAAAUAAGACAGCUUUAUUCUUGCCCAUCAGUGUGGAGACAUAUCCCGAUUGGGAUAUCAUUUUUUGCAGCAAAAUUUUUUUUAUAUCCCGAACGGGAUAUAGUUUGAAAUUAUAUCCCGAUCAGGAUAUAAUUCGAUAUCC